CUGAGCGCCCCGCAGACCCUCUACAUUGGUUAACAGUUGCCCUUGUAGGCUCUGCAUUCUGAUUGGACGGCGGCCAAGUUACUGCGUCACCUCACUCUCCAGCUCUGAAGGGGGGUAGUGUUGUUAUUAUUCUCCGCUCCGAGCUGUCAAUGGAGCACCCUGUCCGUCCGGGGCCACGCAGCUGCCAUGGAGACCGGGAGCUGGCCGCCUCUGCCAGCUGAGCAGGUGGUAAAGUUGUUUCUUGGAUUAAACUAGACGUGAACUGACGUCAAUACAAGCAAGAACAUGAGUGCCAUCUCAGGGGUAGUGUUGAAGAACCUCUCUUCUGCUGUGAACAUGAGUCUUACUGUAGCAAGUCAGACUAACACUACGACUGGUUUACCGUCAAUGUCUAUAAACAGACUAUUUCCCGCUCUCCUGGAGUGCUUUGGGAUCAUAUUGUGUGGCUACAUUGCAGGGAGAGCCAAUGUUAUCACUCCAAUUCAAGCAAAAGGCCUGGGCAACUAUGUGUCCCGAUUUGCACUUCCAGCUCUACUCUUCAAAAAUAUGGUGGUCUUGAAUUUUUCCAAUGUCAACUGGUCUUUUCUUUAUGGUAUAAUGAUUGCCAAAGCUACAGUAUUUUUUCUUGUCUGUGUGUUAACAUUAUUAGUCGCAAGUCCACAAAGUCGAUUCAGCAAAGCAGGUCUCUUUCCCAUAUUUGCAACACAAAGCAACGAUUUUGCACUUGGAUAUCCCAUAGUGGAUGCCUUGUACCAAACCACAUAUCCUGAAUAUCUUCAGUACAUCUACUUGGCAGCCCCAGUUUCUCUCAUGAUGCUGAAUCCCCUGGGAUUUGUUCUUUGUGAGAUACAAAGAUGGAGGGAUAAUCCAACUACUAACCAAAGCAAAAUCAAGAUUUUAGGACUGGCUUUCCUUCGCGCCUUCCAGAACCCCAUUGUUUUUAUGGUAUUUAUAGGCAUUGCCUUCAAUUUUGCACUUGGCCAGAAGAUUCCCAUCUUUAUGGAGAACUUCUUGGAUGGCCUGGCCAGCUCUUUCUCUGGCUCAGCUCUGUUUUAUCUUGGUCUCUCUAUGGUUGGCCAGACCAGUAAACUUAAAAAAUCUUCUUUUGUUGCAUUGCUGCUACUUAUUACUGCAAAGCUGCUGGCAGUGCCGCUUAUCUGCAGGGAAAUGGUGGAGCUGUUGGACAAAAGCAACAGUCCAGUUAACCACACAAGCUUAUCUAAUUAUGCAUUUCUGUAUGGAGUCUUUCCAGUGGCCCCUGGAGUCGCUAUCUUUGCAAACCAGUUCAACAUGGAAGUGGAGAUUGUCACUUCUGGAAUGGUGAUAAGCACUUUUGUAUCUGCACCAAUCAUGUAUGUGUCAGCCUGGCUCCUGGCAAUCCCCACAAUGGAUCCCAAGCCAUUGAUGUCUGCGCUGCAGAAUGUGAGCUUUGAUAUCAGCAUUGUAGGCUCAUUGUCCCUGGUUUGGUCUCUUGCUGUUUUACUUCUGAGUAAGAAAUACAAGCUCCUCCCUCAUUCACUCACUGGGAACCUACUACUUGCACAGCUUAUUGUCUGCAUUGGGAUGGUGUUGUGGAACUUCAUUAUACAAGAGAGAAAUGUGGUUGGCCAGAUUCUUGUGUAUGUGAUUCUCUAUAGCGCUCUCUACAGCACUUACCUGUGGACAGGCCUUAUUUCUCUCUCUCUAUUUUUGCUGAAGAAAAGAGAAGUUGGAAAUCUCCCAGUAGUUUUCAUUGCCUUAGCUGGCUGGGGCAUUCCUGUCUUAAUUGUUUGCAUUAUUGUAAGCGUUGGAGAACGAGAUGUCGACUGCACUGACUCUGCUUUCUUUUAUGGAAAGUUUCAGAUUAUCUGCACUGCGGUGGUCCUUUCCUGCAGUAUACUACUAUCUAGUAUAUCACUUCUGUUCAUGAGUCGAAUUGGGCAGGAUAGCAAUUACCAGGCACUUAACCAGUCAUCUCAAAGCAGUAUCAACCGGACUCCUGACACUAGUGAAAUCAAGCCAGACAGUCCUGUGCUGGCAAGCACUCCCACAGUUUCUGCUGAAAGAGGAUUCUGUGCAUGUGGUCAGCAAAAUGGAGAUUUAUGUCAUCCCAUGGAGACUGCAAAUGUGCUGAAUAUCAAUGAGCCUCCAAGCAUUGAAGAAGCUCAUGAAUGUCUAAGUCACUGCAAUUCUCAGGGAUGUAUUCUAUCCCAAGAAGAGCAGCAGUUGCACAGUGUGGAUCCACAGACGAGCAGACAUGUUUUGCUUUGCUUACUUCUUGUUGUGGGCCUAUUUGCGAAUGUGUCCAGCUGCUUCUGGUGGCUUUUUAACUUGGAACCAGGAAGACUGUAUGUUGAACUUCAGUUCUUCUGUGCGGUGUUUAACUUUGGCCAGGGUUUCCUUUCUUUUGCCAUUUUUGGAUUGGACAAACAUUUGAUUAUUCUCCCAUGCAAGAAGAGAUUAGAGUUCCUGUGGAGUAGUCGGGAAUCGAACGUGAAUACUGUAGAAACCACUUUACCUGAAGAAAUCCGUAUGACGUGCCAUCAGUUUGUACAUUAUCACAAAGAUUUGUGUGUCAGGAACAUUGUGAAAGAGAGAAGGUGUGGCGCACGGAUGUCCCCAGGAGUCUUCUGGGGCUCUGAUCUGGUGACCUGGCUUGUGCAGGUGGGACUUGCUCCUGAUCGAGGAGAGGCUGUGAAGUAUGGAGAGAGACUACUAAAAGGAGGGGUCAUCCAGCACAUCACAGAUGAAUAUGAAUUUAGGGAUGAAAACCUUUACUACCGCAUGGUGAAGAAGAGACGGGUUCCAGCACGGUCUAACUGAUAGAGACCAGGAUUUGUCUAUGACUGCUUCAGUACUUAAGCUAUGGAUUUACUUGAGCGCAUGUUGAACAAAUCUAGGUGUACAUUGCAGCUCAUAUAUAUUUUGGUAUCUGUCUAUGCAAAACCAUACACGUUGUGUUCUAAAAUAAGCUUAAUUGCAACAGAGAUAGUUUACAUUGACUUUUUUUUUUGUCUUCUAAACCUACAUGGUACAAGUGUCAAAAUUGCAUUUAAUUUUACUUAGUUCUCUAAAGUGUUAAUGACUUGGUCAACCUCUCGACAUAAGCCAUAUAAGCAUGUCCUGAAUUUAAAAG